AUGACUUGUUAUGCGCCGAACAGUGGAGGGCGCUAAAGACAUUGUUUAAAUAUUUUAAUAGGUCAGAGGCCUUUCGUGCAACUUUAUCAAAUUUGCACUUUUCGAGAUGAAAACAACCAAUGCAGCUGCUGUUUCGUCUGUGUCAUCUGCAGGAGAGGAUGUGGGAUCAGACUGCUUUGUUCGAGUCAGAAAAAGAGACUUUGAGAAACUGGAGGCAGAAGUCAGGACACUACGAGAGCUUAUGCCAAAAGUAAUCAAUUGUGACUUUAUUGAUACUAUCCAUAAAGGACGGUCUCUGGACGCAUUUAGAGAACGCAGUGACCGUGAGCAGCAGCAACAGAGAGAGGAUUGUCUGCACAUCCGCUCCAGACUAGAUGUUGCUCUGAGCGAGUGUCAGAGAGAGAGACAGGAGAAGCUGGUUUUAAAGCAGCAGUUAUGGGAGUGCAGAGAGGAGCUGCAGCAGCAGAAAGCAUUUUAUACUGAGCUGGGCGCUGCGUCUUGCACCCUGCUCUGGAGUGCAUCCCAAAGGGAGGAAACAAUCAGAGACAUAUUGGCUGAUGGUAAACUGGAGCCCUUCCUAAGCAUUGCAGGUCAAACCAUGGAGACUUUCAUCAAGUUUCUGAAUGACGAGGCAAAGCCACAGCAGAGUUCCAACUCAAAAGAGCACCAUUUAGUUCUGGCUCUGGCUGGAGUUGUUACCAAUAUAGCUGCUGUGUCUUGUGGACGGGACUUCUUAUCCUCUUCUGCCCACAUCCUGCUGGAUACUUUGUUGCAGCUGCUGUGUCUAAUGAAACCAGGAGUGUUUCCAAAACUCAAAGUAUUGAUGUUAAUGGCUCUAUAUAACAUCACUAUCAGUGGGAAUGGACUGAAGCUCAUAAGUGAGAGCCCUGGACUUCUACCUCUUCUGUGCACCCUUCUGGAAGACCCUGACCCAGAAGUGUGUCUGCAAUCAUUGAGGCUCCUUCAGUCCUUACUGCUGGAGAGAGAGGUCAUGUCACACAUGACAACUGAUUUUCUAAGCUCUUUCCCGCUCAGUCGUAUCCACCAUCUAGCUUCAAGCCGCCACCCUGCUCUAAAGCAAAUAGCACAGGAGACACUGGAAGAUCUGGCUAGCUUUACCAACACCCAGACUAAAGAUGCAGUGAAGGAGCAGUGAAGCACAGGCUUUUAUAUGCACUUAAAAAAGUAUGUCUAGGUUUAAUCUAGGUCCAACAAACCACAUACUAAUUCUGAGACUUGCAGCAAUGAUGUUAGACAAGAUAGUGUUAAAGUUAAAUGCAGUUAAAAUAUCUUUUAGUUGAUGUUUUAUUUCUAAACUUUGACAGAUAGAAUGUUCUUAAAAAUGUUUGAUUGUUCUCAUUUUCAUUAAUUGCUUUGAUUGUGGUCUUUCUCCAUUUCUUUUACACUGUUCAUUUGUUUACAUAUUACUUAUUGAGCAAAGACCUGUUUCAAGUUAAAACAUUAAAGAUGUAAUUAAUUUUUUUUUUUACUCUGAUGAUUUAUCACACAAGAAACAAUGUUCUGUUCUGUAAAAGAGUUGGUCAUUGCUGCCAAUUAGUAAGAUGUUCAUUUGUCCAUCACAGAGAAAUGCAACAAUCCUGUUGUGUAUAUCAUUUUUGGGACAAAUCAUUAAAGCUGACUGGCAGUUUUUGUGAACAUGAUGUUAAUGGAAAGAGGAAAUGAGGUCAUUUGCUGAGAUGAAAGCUGAUGUCAGAUUUGAUCAGACUGAAACAUGAGGUCUUACAAUGGGGGAGACUGCCAAAGAAGAGAUCAGUUUAAUUGACCUCUAUGGUGAGAGGACAUAGUCCUGGUCCUCACGUCAGUUCAUAUUGUACAGCUUAAAUACAGCCUCUCUCUCUUUGAAUGCAUGUACAGGAUGUUUUGAUUAUAAUUUAAAAUCACUUAUAAAAGCUGAGGGAAUCGCAUCAUUCAAGAAGCGCUGAAGAAAUAGGGAUAUGUUUAAAGGAUAAAAAGAAGACCAUAACCACCACAGUCUGUUGUUUUCAGUUUUGUCUGCAGUCAAUUUAAGUAAAGUGGAAGUCCAUUGGGAGUCUUUUCCUUAAAAUAUAUGUUUGUACCAUUUUUGUUAGACUAUGCUUUAGUGGGAUAGAUGAGAGUAUGACUAAAUAAUGAGAUAAAAGAGAAAAAAGCCCUUGUCAGUGAAAGCUUGAUGACAAAGCCCCUUUCUUUUUCAAAUUUAUAACUCUUUCUUUAGAUAUUUUAUUCCAGGUUCGUUCAGCAAAAUAA